UCAUAAGAGAAGAACAGCUUGCAGAGACGGGCAGGAGGCUUCCUGUUCUCUCAGCGCCAGCACAGUUAGAUUCCUCGGAGUGCCUUAAACUUGAUUUGAUUGGCAUUUUUCUGUUUCUUAUCAUUAAAAAAAUCGACAUUCAGCCUUUUAUCACCCAAAGUUCACAGGUCAAUCCACUUUCUCUUGGUCUGUUCAUUAUCCAUGAUGAACGUGUCCCAGCAAUUGGAGACAGAGGAGGACCUCCUCCCUUGUCUCCACAUCAAGCUGUACCACCCUCAGCAGAGUUCUAAGGGCCUUUACGAGCUCAUCCCUCUGGGGAAAAGAAGCAAGCACCCAGCAGAGGACCCUUUCAGGCUGGGGCGUGACGGCCAAGCCUGCACCGUCGCCCUGCUCGACAACCGGGUGUCCCGCAAACAGCUGGCCCUCCAAGCCUACCACACAGCCAAGAGCCCUGGCAUGCUGUUCACCAUCCAGAACCUGAGCCAGAAGGCCCGGCUGUCUGUGAACAGCUCAGCGUUGGACUUCCUUGAAAAAAUUGAUCUCCCGGACAAAGCCCUGAUCCGGUUCGGAGAGUACGAGAUGCUGAUCAUCCGGGACUCCGGCGAGGCCAAGGCCAGCUUCGAGGUGGAGUUUGAAGUCCUGACAGUGCCUCCAUCCAGAGAGACUUGCGCCUGUGUGCCUAGCAUAACCCCCGUCUUGGAUACAGGGUCAUUUAUUACAAACAGUUUGCCAGGGGAACUCAGAAUAAUUGGCCCUCUUGAGACGGACGAGACUGCCAUAUGUUAUUCAUGAGGUAGAGACACAAACUGCUGUGUCAUUGAUAUAUUGGCAUGCUUGGACUGGAUCCCUCUUUGUAAUGUGAAACCAUAUUAUUAUUCUACGCCCUAUACCCUCCCCAAAGCUGUGAUUUUAAUACAAUAUCUACUUUUAAAAUGCCUUCUUAUUCCUCUUUGUUCAUACUUUCUUUUUUUGCAUAUUAAAGUCUGUUUUUGUUAAA